GGGAGUCCGAGGACCCUCAGACUACGGGACAGAAGUGGACAACGGGGAUGACUGAUAAUUACAUAAGGGUCACGACGACCGUACAGGAUGUUCAAUUAUAACCCACUUGCUUCCCUUAUACGAAAUACCCCAGAUAGAUCUCAUUAGACCUCUCCUAUACUCCCCGUAAAAAGUAUAACCAUAAGAAUUACCUCUACAAUGGCAGCGCCGGCCGGGAUACCAUCCCUUCUAGACCUCACCAUCGACAACAUCACGCCCAACACGAUCCGCAUCAACUCGCAAUGCCAGAACCCGCGGUUGAAGUACCUGAUGUCGCGGCUGGUGACGCACCUGCACGACUUCGCUCGCGAGACGCGGCUCAGCACUGACGAGUGGAUGGCGGCGCUCAAUUUCCUCGUGGGCUGCGGGCAGAUCAGCAGCGACGUGCGCCAUGAAUUCAUCCUCCUAUCCGACAUCCUCGGCCUCUCCCUCCUCGUCGACAGCAUCAACCACCCCAAACCGCCCUCCUCGACCGAAGGCUCGGUGCUCGGGCCCUUCCACACGCACGACGCGCCGACGCUCGCGAACGGGUCGAACAUGGCGUCGGACCCCGACGGCGAGCCGCUGCUCUGCGUGUGCACGGUGCGGGACACGGGCGGCCGCCCCGUGGCGGGCGUCAAGGUGGACAUCUGGGAGACGGACAGCAGCGGGCACUACGACGUGCAGCACGCGGACCGCGGGGAGCCGAGCGAGCGCUGCGUCAUGGUCACCGACGCCGAGGGGCGCUUCUGGUUCCGCGGUAUCAAGCCCGUCAGCUACCCCAUCCCCCACGACGGGCCCGUCGGCAAGCUGCUCGAGAGGCUCGGCCGCCACUGCUGGAGGCCCGCGCACCUGCACUUCAUGUUCGAGAAGGAGGGGUGGGAUCACUUGAUUACUGCCCUAUAUGUUCGCGGGGACCCAUACGAGACAUCAGACGCCGUGUUCGGCGUAAAGCAGAGUCUCAUCGUCGAUAUAGAUAAGAUCGACUCAGCAACAGCCAAGGAGUACGAUUUUCCAGAAGGGGGUCUCUAUUUGAAGCACGACUUCAUAUUGACGACGAAGGAGGAGACGGAAAAGCUACGAGACGAGAACGCUGUGAAGGCUCUGGCACAGCUGGGACUGCAGAUGAAGCUUGUUGACCAUCUGCCUAUACCCGAGUUAGACUGAAUAGAUGUGGCUGAUGUCUAGAGUGUAGGUAGAAGAAAGGUUAGAAUCAAAGAUAUCGACCCCCAUGAUGAGAUAAUAAAAGCACAGUUAU